GUUGUUCUCUGCAACGAACAAAUCAGUGGUUCAGCUACCUGUCUUCCGCUCUGCCAGCACGGACAUUGUCCCGCUUCGCCAACGACAGACAAACACCCCCUCCCUACCAGCGCAUCGACUCGCCGGCUAUCCUCUACCAUGCGUACGCACACCAUGCUGCCGAUCAUCGCUGGAAUUGUUCUCCUUGCCUCGCUGGCCCUUCCAGCGCUCAGCUGCGACAUUACAGUUGCGGCUGGCGGCAUUGAUCCGUCGCUGCGGCCAGCUCUCGCCAACGCAGUCGCUGCUGGGCGUGACUAUGUCAUCUGCCUCCAGCCCGGCACUUUCCACUCGUGCGCCUUCUUUGGACAGGCUCCGCUCCUUGUCGACGCCUCGUACGACAUCACCAUCCGUGGUGCGGGUAAGACGUCGACCGUCUUUGAUUGCCAAAUCGAUCCCUCCAUCACGGCCUCGCUUUUUGAGCUGCGGCCCGCAGUCGACGGCGUGACCAUUACCUUUGAGAACUUUUCCAUUCUCGGCUUCAAGGCUGGUGUUCUCUCCUCGCUCUUUGACAUCGAGACCACGGUCACCGGCUCCUCCUUUGUCUUUCCAACAUCUACAUGAAGGAAGGCCAGGUGACGGCCGGUAACACCUCUCCAUUUAUUUCGGCCGACAUCCAGGGUCUCUCCUCCUCCAUCACCAUCGCCAACUCUGAGUUUGAGGACUGCUCGGCCGUCGGCUCCUCGGGCGUGGUCCGUAUCUCGUCCGAAACCGCCUCGUCGGGCAUCGCCCUCUCCGUCACCGACACCACCGCCACCGGCUGCGUCGGCAACGGCGGGCCGGGCUUCCUCCUCAUCUACGGCUACUCGGGCGACACCAACCAGUGCACCAUCAACGCCGCCGAUGUCACCAUCACCGACAACACCGCCCAGGCCUCGCCCUUUUCCGGUGCCGUCUUUACCCACGCCUGCUUCCUCAACCUCAACCGUGUGGUCAUGGAGCGCAACUCGGGCCACUCGGCCGGGGCUCUCUUCGCCUCCAUCCCUGCUCCGCUCCGGGCCGACCUCAGCGUUGUCGACUCGACGUUCCGCGACAACACCGGCCUCGAAGUCGGCGGUGCCAUCACAACCUCGGCCUGGCUCAACGUCACUCGCUCUACCUUUUCCGGCAACCGCGGCGUCGAGGGUGGUGCCAUCCAAACCACCUCUGAGUUCCCGCUCUUCGUGACCCACUCGACCUUUGAUGCCAACACCGCGUCGGACGACGGUGGCGCCCUCUUCUCCUACGGCGAGGCCACUCUCCGCGAUGUCACCAUGAGCAACAACGUCGCCAAGUUUAAGGGCGGUGCCUUUGUCGCCGUCUCCGACUCGUGGCUCGAGGCUUGCACCAUCACCGCCAACUCGGCCACCAACCACACCUCCGAGGGUGGCGGCAUCCACUCGACCCUCGGCACCCUCUCGCUCUGGUCAUCGAGCCUUACCUCAAACUACGCCGACCGCGGCGGCGCGAUCUACUCGAACUCGCCCAUCAAGCUCAACCAGGUGACCAUGACAAGCAACUCGGCCCGCGUCUCUGGCGGCGGACUCUACGCCACCGGCGAGAUUGCCGUCUCCCACACCACCAUCUCCAACGGCGCUGCCGGCGAGGAAGGCGGCGGUGUGUGGAUCCAGCAGGUCCGCGAUGAUGCCAACUUUACUUCGGUCGACAUCACCUCCAACUCGGCCGCCGCAGGCGGUGGCUUCUACGUCCUCGGCUCGGAGCUCGCCCAGGUUCGCCUCAUCGACGUCGCCAUCUCGGAUAACGAGGGCUGGCGCGCCCAGUCGGGCGCGCUUCACGUCGAGGACGCUGACGUCUACACCGCCAGCUCGGUCGUCUGCGCCAACAAGUCGCCGUCGUGCUCGCUCAACGUGUGGUGCACCGCACGCGCCCGGACAACCGGCCUCGCCAACGGAUGCCGCGUCCGUGAUACUUGCUCGCACGGCGCCUCCGUCUGCGCCAAGCCCAACCUCGGUACCGAGCCUUGCUCUGAGUGCUGGCCCGGAUGGGAGGGCCCCUCGUGCGACAUCCGCACAAACUGCGCCGCACCCAACUUUGGAGGCCAAUGCGCGCUCGGCACCGUCUGCCAGCAGUGCAUGCCGGGCUUCGCCUUUGAGGACGAUCGCAAGGUCAAGUGCACUCGCUGCUCCGAGCUUCCGUUCCCGGCCUACGUUGCCUCGUCCGACGCCCCUUGUGCCGCCUGUGACCCGUCGUGCGCCUCGUGCGAUGGCUCCUCCACACAGUGCACGGCCUGCGCCCCGGGCUACAACGCCCCGAUGGGCCUGCCCGGCCCAUGCCUGCCGCCCUCGCCGCCGCCGCCGCCGGCUCCCUGCCCCGGCGACAUUGUCCUCGACGGCUGCGGUGUGUGCGGCGGUGACAACUCCACGUGUGCAGGAUGCGACGGCGUGCCCAACUCGGGCCUCGCCGUCGACGUCUGCGGCAUCUGCGGCGGUGACGGCACCUGCCCGCCCGCCGCCAUCAAGGCAUCGCCCAACACUGCAGCCGCAGCCGGUAUCGGCAUUGCUGCCACCGUCGGUGUCUGCUGCAUCAUUGCUGUGCUCGUCGUGCUGCUCAUGCGCAAGCGCAAGCGCGACUACGAGAACACCAUCGAGCACAAGCAAAUGGUCGAGUCGGACCUCGCCCCGUCUGGCCGUGUCACCGUCCUCGCCGCAACCGUCGAGGACCUCGCCUACUGGAUGGAGAACUACCCAGAAGACAUGCCCAAGGCUCUCGACGACGUCGCCGAUGUCUACGCCGACGCCAUCGUCGCCGCUGGUGGCUACCUUGCUCGCCAGGACAAGACCGAUGGCUCGCUUGUCGUCAUCUUUGAGUCGCCCACCUCGGCCGUUCGCGCCGCCUCGCUCAUCCAGAGCUCGCUCCUCGAGGUCCAGUGGUCCGCCGCCCUCCUCGAAGACAAAAAGUACCCGCCCAAGGGCGUCCUCUUCCGCGGCCUGCGUAUCUCCAUGGGCCUCUUUGAGUGCAUCCCGACCCGCGAGUUUGAUCCCGAGACCGUCCGCAUGACCUACUCGGGCAAGGACUACGAGGCCGGCCUCAUCCUCGGCGCCGCCGGUGCCGGCGGCCAGGUCCUCAUGGACGCCACCGUGGCUGCCACCGCCAUGCGUGCCGGCUCGCGCGCCGAGCACGUCGGAAACUACAAGAUCGCUCCGCCCAAGACCGGCUCCCAAUCGGGCUCGUCCGACGAGGUUGACGACGACUCGGACGACUCGAACUCUUCCAACCUUGAAGACGAAGAGCACGUGUAUUCGCUCUUCCAGCUCAUCAUCGACUCGCUCGAGGAGCGCGCAGACAUGUUCAAGGACCGUCAGCUCCGCGGCCUCAAGGCCACCCAGGCCUUUGGCUACGGCGGCGACGAGGCUCUCGCCGAAGCAAACCGCGGCGACAACUUUGACGGUGACUGGUUCGACUCGGGCGAUGACCGCUCGUGCGAGGACGACUUUGACCGCCCGCCGCCCAUUCGCCGCAAGCCUGCCCUGAACUUUGACGCCUCCGUCGCAGACGUUCUUCGCCAGCAGAGGACCAAGCCGGCGAGCAAGACCGCCGACGACGGCGACUUUGCCUCCAAGAUGCUCUCGGCCGGCAACGCCGACGACUCGGGAAGCCGCGGCAGCUCGACGCUCUCGCGCGCCAUGUCUACCCGCGGCCCGCGCAUGAUGCCCGGUGCCUCGGUCUCAAACCUCGAGAUGUCGCUUGCCCCAGGUGGCAUGGGCGCCUCGCGCGCGUUUGGCUCCAUGGUCCUCCCGCAAGGCCAGGGCGCCGCUCGCUCCUCUACCCAGCCGGCCCCGCUUCUCUCGGCUGCCCUUGCUCGUGCCCAGAUGGCCCGCCAGGGCUCGGUUGCCCUCGGCCGCCAGAACUCGUCUGCCAUGCGCCGCCAGAACUCUUCCGCCAUGCGUCGCCAGAACUCAUCCUCCAUGCGCCGCCAGAACUCCAGGGGCGGUGUCGGUGGCGGCGGCAACUCGCUCGCUGCACGCAAGGCCAAGCUCGCCCACAAGAAGAACCAGCAGCAGCUCUCUGGUGGCGCCACGCAAGUGUAGUCCUUAAACCCAUUCAUCAUACCUC